AUGUUCGGCAGCAGGAGGGCUUCUCAAAAGCCGGAUGACGAGUUUAUCACCAAAUUCCGCAAGGCAUUCCCUCACGUCGUUUCCACCACUUCUUUGCCCAUGGACGCCUCCGAAGCUGCAGUCCUAGGUCCAGCCGCACUGGAAUCAUUGCACUCUCCAACCAGCACUAUGCACAGGGAUGCUUUCGAUGCCGACGACACGGCUCCGGGAGCCAUGCAGGAUCUCCGAUUCACGUGGCCAUUCAUGGAUCCCAAUUCCUUCGACUAUCCCAUGCCGCUGGCAAAUCAGACCCAUGGAUACUGUGCCCCUCCUCGGCUCGGUGGCAUGGAUAAUAUGUUCCAUGGCCAGCCUGGAAAUCUGCAGCCAUCACCUAUCGGCUUGGGUAUGACCACUGCUGUCCCCCUAUCUAGCCAUAUCGUUGCUCCGCAUCACAGUCACAGCAGCAGCUGUAGCAGCGGCAGCAGCCGCAGGAGCAGCUCAGCUAUGGGCCUGGAUCAUUUCAACCCGCAGUAUUUUCCCGGUCAAUUUCAGGAUUUUUCAUUUGGACAGCAAGGGUCGUAUGCACCCAGCACCUUUGUCCAUCACAACUCCGGUUAUGGGUCGGUGGAUAAUAGAAUGGGAGAGAGGUCGCCGCAUGACGUGGACAUGCAGUUAAAUCCGCCUUAUCACGUGAGCACUACCGCCCCAACGGACACUGCCAGUCGACUGGAGAGCCAGUCAGAAAACAAUGAAAAAUUUCGCUACAAUGUCACCCUGCGAGCUCCCACGGCUAUGAUCAAACAUCCCAAGGAGAUCCCUGUCACUUACCUCAACAAGGGUCAAACUUACACUCUGUCUGUCGUUGAUUCAAAUCCGCCACCUGUCGGCACCAAUUUGGUUAGGUAUCGAACCUACGUGCGGGUGUCCUUCGAAGAGGAAGAGCAAAGAUCCAAAGUUGCCGCUUGCUGGCAGCUAUGGAAGGAAGGUCGCGGGUUGAACGAAGCUCACCAGCGUGGCGGCAAACUAUUGGCCGUCGAGUGCGCUGAUCCCAUCCAGGUUGCCGAUGACAGCCAAAAUGAUCGUCAGGUACAGCUUGAAAGUGCUUCUUUCGACGGCUUCUGCGUCACGUGGACUGCAGACCUGACAACUGGUGUCUCAUACUGUGCCAUUUCCGUGCGCUUCAACUUCCUGUCGACAGACUUCAGCCACUCCAAGGGUGUCAAGGGCGUACCUGUCCGACUUUGUGCCAAGACGCAAAUGAUCUCCCCCGAGGAGGGUGUUGAUGGCAGCACCGGUCACAAGGCGGAAGUCAGUUACUGCAAAGUCAAGCUGUUCCGCGAUCAUGGCGCUGAACGGAAACUGUCCAAUGACGUUGCACAUGUGAAGAAAGCCAUCGAAAAGCUCAAGCAGCAGAUUGCUCAGGCUGAGCUGGGAGCUGGCAGCUUCGGAAAGCGGAAGCGUGGUAGUAUGUCUGCCGCCCGCCCGGCCAAGUUCUUGAAGCACAGUCGCUCAUGGUCGAUUGAUCCUCAGAACGCCGAUGGGGAGAAACUGUCCGUCGAAGACGAUCUGCACACGAGACUGGUCAUGAUGCAGGACAUGUUCUCCUCAACUCGGCCAGUUAGUGUCCUGAGCCUGCGCGGCGAUGAGCAGGACGACCCAGAUCUUUUCCCCGUCCAGCUCUCCACCGACCUGCAUGAACCCAUCGUGAAGGUACACACACUCAGACACCAGAGGACAAACGAAUCCCUCAACAGCAUCGACGCACCUCCAUCCAUGGUCACUUUAUCGCCAACCAACAGUACCGUAUCGCUCAGCUCGCCACGUCAUACUUCCUUCGUCCGGUCGGAUUCGGGUUACCACAGUUCAAGGGAUCCUUCGGCGUCGGGUUCUGAGAAACGCCUGUUGGACCAUCCUGUAAAGGUUCCUAAGCUCCAGACUGGACUCGGUGGGAUGCCAAUGGGAUGUAUUGAAGCGGUUGAUGUUGACCCGACCUAUCAGCCACCAGCAGAACGCCUUCCUCGACCUGUUGCCUGCUUCUAUGCCCGUUUUGACCGAGAUGGAUGCCAACAGAGCGACCCCUACUACCGUGCGGUCUACCUGAACGAGAGAACAGUUGAUGAUCUUACGAAGAAGAUCUCAGAAAAGCAAGAAAUGGACCCCGGUCAAAUCAUCCGGGUCGUUCAUAUUAGCCGUAACGGCCUGAAAGUUAUGGUGGACGAUGACAUGAUCCGCGAACUCACUGAUGGCCAGGAUAUGAUUGUUGAGUUUUGCCAUGUCUCCCCGUCGACGAUGGGUGACGCUGUUGAAGUUUUGUUGAAGUAUUAA